GCACGUAGGGGUUCUAAUCUGACGAUGCUGACAUCGGCACCGGCAUGGCUUCUUGGCCGCGUCAGUGCGAGCCCGCUGGCUGCGGCACCAUGGCGGUGGGCUUCCUGCUCUGCACUGCUUGGUACUAUACAAUACUUGCAGGCUUCUUCAUUCUUUACUGUCCUGUUAUGUACCUGAUGUUUUUUAGUCAUAGAAUAUAUAGAAAAUUUGUUGAUACAUUAUUUUCCUUGUGGGAACUUUAUCCUGUGGCGUUAUUUCAAUGUUGUUGUAACACACAAUUGCAUCAUUUCGGUGAUUAUGUGAAUCCUGAUGAGAAGACCAUUAUUGUAAUGAACCAUCGCACAAGGGUAGAUUGGAACUAUAUAUGGAUAGCUCUUUACCACGCAACGCAAAAUCCGAAUGGCGACUUGUGCACUUGUAAACAGGUAGUGCAGAAUAAUAGUGAGUCUAAUAGCAUUUUGGAUCUUGGAGGGAAAUCGAAACUAAAAUUCGUUUUGAAGGAUGAAAUCAAAAAUAUUCCUGGCAUGGGUUGGAUUAUGCAACUAAACUUUUUCCUGUACGUAAAGAGGAACUGGCGUGAAGAUCAAGUUAAUCUGUCUCAGUUUGUAGAUUACUACCAGAAACUGAAUUAUGACUGCAGGCUAGUUUUGUUUCCUGAGGGAACGGAUUUAAGUGAUGACAAUCGUCGGCGCAGCGAAAAAUUUGCAGCAGCUCAUAAUAUGCAGAAUUACCAGUACAUAUUACACCCUCGGACCACUGGUUGGGUAGCGCUAUGUUCUCGACUACGGGAGUCAGGUCUUGCCUCCGUGUAUGACGUCACUGUAGCCUAUGAUACACCGGCGCAAACAGAAAUGGAUUUGUUCCGAGGACGAAUACCAAUGCAUGUUUAUUUUCAUUGUAAAAGAUAUCCCAUACAAAGGCUUCCCCAAGACGAUGCAGCACUUAAAACGUGGCUCAUGGAACGUUGGCAGGAAAAAGAACAUAGUCUUCGAAAAUUUCACAACGAAGGUAACUUCGUGGACCCACAAUCAAACAGACCACCGCCACUUCGAUCCCCAAGACCGCUUAUGACCGCUAAAGUAGGAUUGUUGUUCUGGACUCUCAUUGACAUAAUUUUCUUAUAUUGUUUACUAAACAGUGUCCUGUUCCAAUUCUGGGUUCUAUAUCACUGUUUCCUAUUCAUAUCCAUUACUUGGUAUUUCGGUGGGUUUCAUAAUAUUCAAUACAAACUCCUAGAGAAAUAA